GGUUCAAUUUUAUUAAAGGCGUGUAAAAAUGGCGGAUUAUGGCGGUUAUUGGAAAGGCUACACUGGAGGUUAUGGAGAUAAUAGUUCCAAUUCAAGAUCCUCUGAUAGAGAUAGAAAGGAUAGACAUGAUGGUGCACCACCUCAUAGCAGGCUUUUUAUUUUGUGCGAUAAACAAACAACCGAAGAAGAAAUUCGCGAAACAUUCGAAAAGUUCGGAAGAAUUGAAGAUAUUUGGGUUGUGAAAGACCGGUCAACCAAUAAGCCUAAAGGAGUAGCUUAUGUGAGAUUUUCAAAAACGUCGGAGUCGGCGAUAGCUAUGGAAACAAUGGACGGGAAACGUAUACGUGAAAACCAAAUCCCAAUGAAGGUGAGGAUAGCCCAUAACAGAGAAGAUGGAAGUAAGAAAGAAGCCAAUGAAGAGGAACGUGUCUUACGUCUCUUUGUGAUGGUUCCAAAAAGUUAUACAGAGGAUGAUUUAAAAAAAGACUUUGAACAGUAUGGUGAACUGGAUCGUGUGAACAUUGUAAGAGAUCACAGUACAGGGGAUAGCAAAGGAUUUGGAUAUGUCAAAUAUUUGAAAAUGUCUUCAGCAGCAAAUGCUUUUGAGAACUGUCCAAAAACUUUCAAGGCUAAGUUUGCAGACCCAAGACCAUCUAGUCAUUCCCAGCGGGAGAAAAACCUUGGUUUAGGGGGUGGAGUGUGGGGUUUUGAUGCUUCACAAGGAGCUCCUCCACCACCACCUCAGUCUUCACCUCUAAUUGGACAUUUUCCAGGAACAUUAAAUACGGGGUUUGAUACGACUCCUUGUAUGCCUACUACUACCACUGACGAUAUUCUCAGAGUCAACGUCGCAGUUCCGCAGGCAGCAAGCUAUGAACAACUUUAUCAUCUUUUUGACUUAAUUCCUGGACUCGAACGUUGUGAUGUUAAUUCUGGUCUUGCUACCUUAAAGUUCAGUAAUCCUGAGGCCGCUGCAUGGGCAAGACAGAAAAUAUGUCGUCUGGAAUAUCCACCAGGAUUUAUGCUACAAAUUGUUGACAUCUCGGCUGGUGGAGGAAUGAAUACCCGACCCGAUGCAAUGCUGGGCUCAGCCCCGGCUGGGCAAUUGACCAAUCAUAUUGCAUCCCUGGUGGAAAAAAUCUCGGAGGCAACUAACGUGUUAAAGAAUGUUGGCUUUCAUGUUAACAAUCCUCCAGGUGUGUUAAGCUCAAUCGCUUUGUUACGAUAUUACAGAAA